AUGCUUUCUGUUAGGUCAAUUGCAAGAGCAUUCGGUACUCGUGGAUUCAGAACUAUAUCUCCAGUAAUGUUUGAAGUCGGUGACAAAAUUCCAACCGGGAUCCCCGGUCUACAAGAGGGCGCCCCUAGCAACAAGGUCGACCUUGGCAAAGAGGUUGCCAAGGGCAAGAACAUCAUUGUGGGUGUUCCAGCUGCGUUUUCGCCAGCUUGCACUGCCACCCACGUUCCUGGGUACAUUGAGCACUUGCAAGACUUCAAGAAGAAGGGCUUCAACCAGGUGUUCGUCACUGCCGUGAACGAUGCGUUCGUGACCAAGGCAUGGAGCGAUUCCUUGCACUGCCCAGCUGACGUGCACAUCAUCGCUGACACCCAGGGUGAGUUUGCACGUGCCGGAGCCACGUUGUUCGAUUCCAAGGCCAUCUUCGGGAACGACCGUUCCAUCCGUUAUGCCCUCGUGGUCGACAACGGUGAGGUGGUCAAGGCGUUUGCCGAGCCAGACAAGACCGGUGUCAACGUGUCGUCUGCCGAGAACGUGUUGAAGAGCUUGGAUUGA